AUGCUGUACGGUGCCCCGAUAUGGGCAACCUCGCUGGAGUACUCCAAGGUCAUCAGAAGAGAACUGCUAAAGGUACAACGGCAAGCGGCACUUCGCAGUAUCUGUGGGUACCGCACAAUAUCAUACGACGCGACAUACAUUUUAGCGUCGACCCCUCCAAUUGACCUCAUAGCAAUGGAGAGGAGGAAGCUGUUCCAAAUCAGAAGAGGGUUGACAAGGAAAACAGUACAAGAGGCAAAAGGUGACACAAUGGUGGAAUGGUUGCAGAGGACGGAAGACGCCAAAAAAGGGGAAUGGACGCGGACACUAAUUCAUGACGUACGAGGCUGGGUGAUGAGGAAACAUGGGAGCAUGGACUUCCAUCUCACUCAAGUAUUAUCUGGGCAUGGCUGCUUCAGUUAUUACACCCACCGAAUAGGGAAAAAAGAGGAGCCAAACUGUAGGCACUGUCCAUCAACUCUAGACAACGCGCACCACACGCUGGUUGAAUGUAGGGCAUGGGCAGCUGAAAGAGAGGAGUUAGAAGCAGAGAUCGGCCAGUUGGACAUCGGCACUCUGAUCGGGAAGAUGCUCAGCAACACUCAGGCUUGGGAAGCAGUGUCCGCAUUCGCGAAACGGACGAUGAAGCAGAAGGAGGCGUUGGAGCGUGCCCAGCAGCUGGAAGAGAGGAACAUGACAAACUAG